AUGAGUUCCUUCGGGGGUCCUGGCGGCCGCACGACCUUCUCCAAGCCUACGCCGCCCGAAAGAGGCUCGUUUCCCUUGGACCAUGAGGCCGAGUGUCAGCCCAUCAUGAAACUGUACUUGAAAUGCAUCAAGAGUGCAAAGGGCGUGCCGACGGAGGCCUGCAGGGAGCUGUCCAAGAACUACCUGCAAUGCAGAAUGGACAGAAAUCUCAUGGCUCCCGAUUCCAUGCGCAACCUAGGAUUUCAAGAGGAUGAACCCUCCAAGACAGCAGCAACGACAGAGGUUGGCAAGAAUUCGAAUUCGAAUUCGAAAUGA